UAAGCCUCUAUCAACAUGGCUUUAGGGUCUGUUCAACGAUGUCACAUCCGUUUCCCUCUUUAGAAGCGUACUGUGUACGAUCCCAAGCGUUCCCCGGAAACUGCGACCGCACAAUAAAGGUUCCGAGCUGUCUCUUGAAAAUCACCAUGGAGACUAAAUUCUGCGGAGCGGAGCCAGUGCGGGUGUCAGAGGCUCUGCGGGCAUUGAAUGAUGCAGUUCAGAGUUCGGGGGCGCCCCCUACAGUCUGGUUUAAAGAGAGCAGCCCGAGAAACCUGAAGAGCAGAGACUUUCUGGUGCCAAGAGGGGCCCUAAGGAAAUCAUUCCCGGAUGGAGAGGUUCCUGGGGAUCUAUUAAAUAAACUGAAGUCACUGAAUUCCCCAGGAAUACCCCCGAUCCACAGCUCCUUGCAAAAUGAUGCUGGACUUGUCAUACAGUUGGACAGACCUGCUGUUUUCCAACGUGUCCUCACAGACUAUUCUCCAUAUCUUAGACCUACACCCUCGGACUUACCCAACGGGCAGAGUGUAGUAAUACUGAACUGUAGCCCACUGCACUCCUGCCGGAAUCUGGAUUCAUUGAGACUGAGCCAUUUAAGAGCUGUCUUGAUCACAGAUCAUCUGGCUGAGCUGCUUAGACUUAGAGGAGUAAAAGUCCAGUUGACCCCCGCUUUGCAUAGCCAUGAUGUCAUAAGCUUCUUGCACCACUUGGGUGUAUCAUGGCCUUCUGUAUCUGAGGCGCCCUCUGUUGGGAAGGCAGUUUCAGCUUUUCAGCAAAGCCUGAAGCAAUGUACUUAUGUCAAACACAAAGAUGGAGAACAACAGGAACUUCAGGAUGAGGCACCAGCACGUGUCCUUUUUAACAUGCACCUAAGACCAUUUAUUGAGGAGCAGCAUUUGUCUCAGCAGGGGUAUGACCCAAACCUGGAUGCUUUCCUUGUGAGUGAGGAAGACCUGGAGCAUGUAGCUUGGCUGCAGACGUGUGUUCAGGAGUGCCAGGAGGAGGCAGCACACUGCACUGUGUUACACGUGGUGAGCUGUGAGGACGAAUUCCACCAGCAGAAGCUGGACUUACUCUGGAGGAUACUGGAUCCUGGAGCGACCACACAGAAGCAUCUUAUCUGCGGACCAGUCAAAGUGCUGAACCCACUGUCACCUGUCAGCAGCGCCCAAUACUUCCAGAUUCGGAAAUCACAGAUGCAGGAAGCCUCUGUCAUGAAAUAUGGAGACCGUGUUCAAGGGAGCAGGUGGGAAGAAAUUAUCAUGGGCCUGGCAUCAGCAGCCAUCAAGUUUGAGAUGAUGUCUACAGCACAUCGCAGUCAGGUAACACUAGACUUAGAAGAUACCAACAUCACCACAAAGGGGACGAAAAGUGGAGCAUUUGUGAUGUAUAAUUGUGCUCGGCUCGCCACCAUGUUUGAAAGUUACAGCUCAGCAGUACGGAAAGCUUUGUACCCAGAAUUCCCGCCAGCUGGAGACCUGAACUACUCUACACUGCGGGAAGAGGGAGAAUGGCUCCUUCUGUUCAAUUACAUCCUGACUUUCCCCGAGGUUCUCUCGCAGUCUGCACAGAUAUCAUUAUCUUCCCCAGGGAUCCGCGUCACAGCAAACACAGAGGCGGUAUGCAAGUUCCUUGUCAACCUCAGCAUGGACUUCAGCUCGUACUAUAACAGGGUGCACAUUUUAGGGGAACCCCUGAGCCAUUUGUUUGGCCAGAUGUUUUCCCGGUUGCAGCUGAUGAAGGCGAUUGAGAGCGUGCUGCAUUCUGCACUGGAGACACUGCAUCUCCUGCCUCUCAACCAAAUCUGACAGGAGGACCAGGAACAGAAUUCUAAAAGGACAAUGUUCUGUGUGGGGCAUGUAGAGAGACAUAUGAAUAAAUAAUAAAGUUUCAGACUAUGCAUUGAUAAAGGGGAACCUUACUGUUUACAGUCCAACCUUGUGCUGCUGCUCCUGUGCCAUAAAAUAGGGACCACAUUAUAAUUUAAAGGGAUAUUUCCUAGCUUCUCUGCCUGCCAGUUCAGUUCAGUUUAGGGAAUCUGCUCCUAUACAUAAUUGUAUGUUUAGUGACCAUUGCAUGAGAAAGUUCCUGUUGGAACAUGUAACGGUUAAUGCCCUUAUUAGCCAUCAUGAGAAUAUAGAGCAUGUUCCAUCCACUGACCUGUUAGCU